CAGGCCGGGGCCUGCGGCCUAAAGCGACGCGCAGGCAGCGCAGCGCGGGCCCAGCACUUCAGUGUUUGAGACUCUGCGCGGUUUAAUGAGCCAAACUGUGCUGGUUCAGAAGCCCUGGGUGCAGUGCACAAGCCACGUGUGCCACAGCAGCAGCAGUGACCAGCAUCCACAACUCUGCUGGGGGAGUGACAGAGCAGGAGUGUGAUCCUGGAGAGGCUUCACGUGCCUGGAGGAGAAGCUGUGAGACCUAAGGUGCACCAGAAAUACUUCUCCUGAUUCCUGCACCCAAAAUUGAAAUCUACCACUAAAAUCAACAAAAAAGAAAUGAUAAAAUUUUUUCUUAUGGUUAACAAACAAGGUCAAACAAGACUGUCCAGGUAUUAUGAGCAUGUAGAAAUUAAUAAACGGACAGUGCUGGAAGCUGAAGUAAUCAAAAACUGUCUCUCUCGUUCAAAGGAUGAGUGCUCUUUUGUUGAGUAUAAGGACUUCAAGCUGGUGUACCGACAGUAUGCAGCCCUUUUCAUAGUUGUUGGCAUCGACCAGACAGAGAAUGAGAUGGCAGUAUAUGAACUAAUUCAUAAUUUUGUGGAAGUUUUGGACAAAUACUUCAGCAGAGUGAGUGAAUUAGAUAUCAUGUUCAAUUUGGACAGAGUGCACAUCAUUUUGGAUGAAAUGGUGCUAAAUGGUUGCAUUGUGGAAACAAACCGGAACAGAAUUCUUGCCCCUCUCUUUGUGCUUGACAAAGUGGCAGAAGGCUAGGAAGAUGCAAGAGUGACUCAGUUUUACAAAAGAUGGCAAAACCAUCAAGAAUGUGCCCACAGCAGUUUUCUGCUGUUGCAAGACUGACUCAUGCAACAUUGAAAUUAAUUGGAAAAUAUUUUCCAUUUCUUUUAUACUCUGUGUACCCUAUGGGAAAGAUACAGCUAAACACGUGGAUGCAUUGAGAUGCAGCUUCACUGACCCAGCAGAAAUCUUCCUAGAAUGGUCAGUAAUUAUAAAACAUUUUGAGGAUGAAAAAAUGGCAACUUACCAUGACUGACUAGGUAUCCCUUUGAAUUAUGUAGUAUCAUGCCAGACCUAGAAGACAAAAUACAUAGAAAUACAAACUCACACUGAGCUUCAGUCCUUCCCUAAUCACCAACUUGAUUUAUUUUCAUACAAAUUUACUGUCAAUAAUAGUUCUGUGACUUUUAUGCCUACUUUUGGACUAUAUCCAUCCUUUAUCAAAAAGCUGGUUUCCCUCCCUUUGCCAUUCAAGUCAUGGACACAAAAAGAAAAGUACAGAUGUAUUAAGUAUUUCUGCAUACUCUGCAAGUUGUAACUUAUGUAGCACUUAAAUAUUAUAAUAUUAAUAAAAGAGAAUUAAAAUCAGAA